CGAGUAACAAAGUAAAAAUAAAGGAGAUAUAAAUCAGAAGCGUAGCAAAGAAACUUGUUGAUUUUGUAAUAAAACUUCCUUUCAUAACUUGAUAAAUAAAAAUCUGUGGAUUGUGACAAAACAGACUCAUAUAUAAAAUAAAUAAGUGGACUAUAACUAACGCUGACUUGAAUCGGUUCACAGUGAUUUAAAGACAUUUUGUUUGAGUUGAAGAUUCUUUACAAAGACUUUGAAACUAAAGAAAACUUUCAAAAUGAGGGAAAAUCAAUUGUGCCCUCUGGAUAUCCAGGAAAAUCGUCCGCGAAGCAUUUCACCCUUAGGGAUAUCGCGUUGCCGGGAAUUCAUCAACGAUAUAAGUCGUCGUAUCAGUCGCCGAAGCCACGAUGGAGUUAUCUCCAUUGGCGAAAACGAUUCGGAAUUUACUGCAGACGCGGGAUCCUUGCGACAUUCCAGAAAAGACGAAUUCAACUCAAGCCUAGAACUUUAUGAAAUAUCACAACAGUCGAGUGGAUCGGAGGAUUGGGAAAAUUCUGCUCCACCAUUGAAGCGCGAAUAUCGCAGAUCCCUAUCAGCGGUACGAAGUGUUCUUAGCGACCUUACGGUAUCAUCGAAGUCACUCCGGCAUUCACUUACCCAUUCUGGAGAAAGUUCAACCAAAAAGGAGCAGACGAGCCAAAAGAAAAUACUGAGGCAGCCAGUUAGCUACACUUAUCUAAAAGGAAUGUCCGGACUACCAACGCAACGAGUGCCAAGAUCUGUGGUGUGUUCGCAGUAUUCUUGUAGAAGACGUUUUUUGGUUUAAUUUUCUGCGAAUUAAAAAAAUAUAGUAUGAAAUUGGUAAAAAUUCUAUUUACAAUAUAUAUAGGAUCACACCAAAGUGCCUUAUCAUGAAUUAUCCCAAAUUGUUAGCUAAAAAUACUAAAUUAAGCAUACUAAAUUAUUUAUUAGAUGUACAUAGUUGAUAUUUUGUUAUACAAAA